AAAUCCGUGGUGGCAAUGGAUCAUUACUGUAGUAUUAUUGCUCUGUACAUAUUUUAAUGUAUUCCAUAUACGGCUACACAUCUUGCGAGCGUACGGCGGAAAGAAGCAGUUAAACUAAAACAGACAAACAGAGGAGAGGAGGAGGAUUUCACUCUCUCUCUAUGAACUGAAAUUCUAUAGAAGACGUUGGAAUCCGUUCUCUAAAGAAUCAAGUGUUGUCCGGUCCACGAUUUUGCCCUAAUUACUUAGCAGAAAUCUGAUGUCUUGAGAGGGUUUUAAUUGGAGUUGCUCUCGAACCAUGGGGAGCAAUGAGAUGGAAUCAUCAUCAAAGGUGGUAAAGACGCCUACAACACAGGGGCAGCCUUCUGCCACUAGCACUGCCGCAGUUUAUCCAGAUUGGGCUGGAUUUCAGGCAUAUUCACCUAUUCCCCCACAUGGCUUCUUUCAUUCUUCUGUGGCAUCAAGUCCCCAGGCUCAUCCGUACAUGUGGGGAGCUCAGCACCUUAUGCCUCCAUAUGGGACCGCACCACCUCCUUAUGUUGCAAUGUAUCCCCAUGGCGGGUUAUAUGCUCAUGCAUCUAUUCCUCUGGGCUCUCAUCCAUUUGGUCCUUUUGCUAUGCCUACCCCAAAUGGUAACAUUGAUGCUACUGGAACUGUCCAUGGUGGAACAGAAGCUGAUGGCAACUCUUCAGAUGGUAAAGAAAGAAGUCCGCUCAAAAGAUCAAAGGAAAGUUUAGGGAGUUUGAAUAUGCUUACAGGCAAAAACAAUGAGAUGGGUAAAACACAGGGGGCAUCUGCCAAUGGAGUCCUUUCCCAAAGUGCUGAGAGCGCAGGUGAAGGAUCAAGUGAAGGAAGUGACACCAAUUCUCAGAAUGAUUCACAACAGAAGGCUAGUGGGCAGGAUUCUGUGGAAGGUGAAGCCUCUCAGAAUGGCAAUGCAGUAAAUACUCCUGUCAAUGGCGUACCUCGUCCACUGCCAAAUGCAAUGUUAAACCAAGCAGUGGUUAUCAUGCCAAUGCCAACAGCAGGGGCUCCUGGAGGUGUUGCUGGUCCAACUACAAACUUAAAUAUUGGGAUGGAUUACUGGGCUGCUCCAUCUUCUAUCCCUGCACUAUGUGGGAAGGUCCCUUCUGCACCAGUUGCAGGAGGAAUAGUUCCGACCGGUGUUGUUGGGUCUCGUGAGGGUGUUCAAUCAGAGCUUUGGAUUCAGGAUGAGAGAGAACUGAAAAGGCAGAGAAGAAAGCAGUCUAAUAGGGAAUCAGCCCGUCGUUCCAGGUUGCGUAAGCAGGCGGAAUGCGAAGAGCUAGCCCAACGAGUUGAAGUUCUAACUGAAGAGAAUGCCACCCUUAGAUCAGAAGUGACUCGUAUCAGGAGCGAGUAUGAAGAGCUUCUUUCUCGGAAUGCUUCUAUGAAGGAGAGGUUUGGGGAAAUCCCCAGAAGACAUGAAGAUUCAAGAACUGGCAGGACUGACAAACAUUCAAGCGUUGAACAUCAACAAGAAGUUCAAACAGAACUUGUUCAGAGUGGUCACUAAGACCAACAGCUCUGCUUUAGAUCCAUUUAUGGGAGCAUAACCUAACCCAUUAGCAGCAAAGAUUCCUUGUCUACAUAGUGUGUUUAUUAAAAUUAAUCAGAGUUGACCUUUCCAGUCUCAGAAAGUUGUUUAUACCAUGAUCUUAUCAUUCCAUAUUUUUGCUUUUGAUAAAUUUUUAAUAGUUGAAGCCCUAGAAGGACAUCUAGAGAGCUGUAACCCUGUUUUGGACUUCUAUAGGGAGGGUUCUUGGGAUACUAUCUUAUUUUCAUAUUUUUCCCUUUCACUUAUAUUACGUGGUGCACUGUAUAACUGAGGAUAGAGAAUAAUAAACUGUUAGGUACACUGUACUGUUUAUGAAGUCUUUUACAUAUUCGAAAUUUUAAAUGUCUCUUAA